UGCUAGAAAGGUGACUAUGCCAAGAAGACAGGAGGUAUUGAGCACGCCUUGCGUAUAUCCAGUCACCUUUCUCUCUUCGUGACCGUAGCAUAUGUUUUGCGACGUCGAUGGAGCUCUCGCGGCUUUGAACGGCGCCCACAUCGAAGCCUUGCUGCUCUGCUCCUCUUCUCGCCCGCGGUUCCCUAACCCCGGAUUUUUCACCGUGUUCUCCAACGUCCAGUACCCCAGAGAACUGUCCGUGGCUCACGCGUGAUCCAUAAAAACGCAACAACGCGAGAAACGAAAGGAAAUCGCAGCGCCCGUACGCGUGCGAUCUGCUGGAUCUCAAAGGUUCGUUUAUUUCGCGUCUCGUAUGUGCGCGCAUCCACCGACGUUCGAGUAAGCCCAGCGUACCGCCAGAACGGCUCACCUAUCGACCUUGCAACCCUUUGGACCAGGAUCCACGGAGAGGGAGACGAGAAUGAUCGUCGCUAGCACCGUGUUGCUCCUACUGGCGGCGGCGUCCACAGUGGAAUGCCAGAGGACCAUCCCGAGGAGCGCCAGAGCGAGCAGAAACGAAGCUGCCUUGGAGUUCGAGUGCCCCGAAGAGUUCGGUUACUACCCCCAUCCACGCGACUGCACCCAGUACUAUGUAUGCGUCUUCGGGGGUGCUCUGCUCGAAUCGUGCACGGGAGGUUUGAUGUACAGCCACGAAUUGCAGACGUGCGAUUGGCCGCGGAACGUGGGCUGCCCCGGAGGCGGAUCCCCCAAUAAGGAAACGGAAGAAGACCCGCUGCUAGAAAGGUCGGCGAAGAUCGAGAGCCUGCAGGAGCAGCAACAGCAGCAGCAGCAGCAACAGCAGCACCAUCAUCAGCACCACAGGCAACCGAUUCGCGAUCAGCAACAGCAGAGACGCGAGCCUCAGCAGCAACAGCAACAGCAACAGCAACGACCUGUCCAGAGGCAGCCUGUCACGACCACGCCACCCCCUCUGCCGCAGAUCACUGAAAAGCAGAUUCGUCAGAGGCAACAGGCUAGGAAUUAUCACGACGAGGAGUACGAGCCUGCCUCCGAAGUCGAGAGCGACAGACAGCAACGCGUCUACAGAGGACAGCCCUCGACGAUUGGCCAGGUGCAGCGGGACAGAGAUGGCCUCAGAAGAAACGUAAUCGCGGAAAGGGAGAAGGAGAGUCUGGUGAGCACGCGUGCCCAAACAGAAGCCCAUUACAGAACUCAAGUACCGUCGUCCGAGUCACCCAGGGUGGCGAAGAUCCUGGCGUCCACCGUCUCCCCCGUGAUCUCUAAGGCCUAUUACAAUGAUCCAGAUCAGAGCUAUCCCUAUUACACGAUCUACGACGACGACGUGUCCAUUUACAAAGACGACGAUUACAACCAGUACACCGUGAACCAAUCGGUGCCGGUUCAGCCGAGCGUCAAGAUCAGCGAGGUGAACACGAAGCAGUACCAGAAGCCGAAGAAGGUCGCCGUGAACGAGGCGGACAAGUACAAUCUGAAUCAGGACGUCACGGUGCAGGACUACGAUAUAUACGAGAAUCAGGCUCAGCUGAACAAGAACAAGUUCCGUAUCAACGAGGGCCAGUCGUUCAGACCUAACGUGCUCAGCCACCCUGUCGUGCACGUGACGACUCCGAACGCCAUCGUGGACACGUUCAUUCCGUUGACGACGACCACGCAGCCUCCGACCACCACCGGCAGGCCUUACACGGUCAACGCACCCAGUCGAGGACGCCCACAACAGGUCCAUCGUGGUACGGCACCACCGAGAUCGAGACCAACCUUGAAACCGUCCACGGAAAUAGUGUCGAAGGCGCAGGAGUUCAUCGACAUCUACAGGUACCCGCCGACGAGGCCGUCGGCGAUAUAUCCGACCCCACAGGUCGACAAACCCGCGGCCAAGUGUCGCAGGGACGUCUGCUUGAUUCCUGACUGCAGCUGCGGCGGCUCAGACAUUCCAGGUGACUACCUGCCGGAGGAGAUACCGCAGAUCGUACUCCUGACGUUCGACGAUUCGGUGAACGACCUGAACAAGGGUCUCUACGCCGACCUGUUCGAGAAGGGACGGAAAAACCCGAACGGCUGUCCCAUUUCGGCGACGUUCUACGUCUCCCACGAGUGGACCGACUACAGCCAGGUCCAAAAUCUCUAUGCCGCCGGCCAUGAGAUUGCCUCCCACACGGUUUCGCACAGCUUCGGUGAGCAGUUCUCUCAGCGAAAGUGGGCGCGAGAAGUAGCUGGACAACGCGAGAUCCUCUCAGCCUACGGAGGCGUCAAGCUGGAGGACGUCAGGGGAAUGAGAGCUCCUUUCCUAUCGGUUGGGGGCAACAACAUGUUCAAGAUGUUGUGGGACACGAACUUCACGUACGACUCGUCGAUGCCUAUCUACGAGAACCGACCCCCUAGCUGGCCCUACACCCUCGACUACAAGCUCUUCCAUGACUGCAUGAUCCCCCCGUGCCCCACCAGGUCCUAUCCCGGCCUGUGGGAAGUUCCUAUGGUGAUGUGGCAAGACCUGAACGGCGGCAGAUGUUCGAUGGGAGACGCGUGCAGCAACCCCCCAACGGCCGAUGGCGUCUACAAGAUGCUCAUCAAGAACUUCGAGAGACAUUACACCACCAACAGAGCACCGUUCGGGCUGUUCUACCACGCCGCCUGGUUCACCCAGCCUCAUCACAAGGAAGGUUUCAUUUCGUUCCUCGACACCAUAGUCGCGAUGGACGACGUCUGGAUCGUGACGAACUGGCAGGCAAUACAGUGGGUCAGGAACCCCACGCCGUUACCACUGAUGCACACGUUCGAGCCCUUCGGAUGCAACUACCCGGAUCGGCCGAAGAAGUGCAACAACCCGAAGGUCUGCAAUCUCUGGCACAAGAGCGGCGUGAGGUAUAUGAAGACCUGUCAGACGUGUCCGGACAUCUACCCGUGGACGGGCAAGACCGGUAUACGUAGCAGUCGCAUCGACAACGACGUCGACGCGCACGAAUGAACGGGGACCGUCGUUGUUCCGUGCGAUCGAGGACCAGCCAGCCGAGAAGAGUUAAGCGCCACCGGGGGGGAACGAAACACGUUUCUACACCUAACCAUUCGGUCAAAAUCCUGUCACAAAUUUCUCUCCGCCGACCGCGUCCGACGAACCCGUUCGUACCGGGCCGAGUACGCCAAUGAAACAUCAAACUCGAACAUGUCCACCCUUUCUCUUUU